AUGCUCCGACGAAGCCUCGCCGCCCGAGUUUUCUCCCGAACCGGAGCCGUUCAGCAAGCUCCCAAGGUUGUCGAGGUCGUAGAAGGUUCCUUCCAGCGAUCUACCGCUAAGGGACACCUCGCUGUUCCCCCAAUCUGGUCCCAACAGUAUGAUAUGGGAAGCCGAAUGAGCAUGAUCUGGUGGGGAAUGCUCGCUCUUUUCACCGUUCACUUCGCCUACUGGGAAUUCGGAUUUAUCCGACGAACCACCGCUGCCCACGAGCGACGAAUUGAGAUGACUCUCUCCGAGCCUGAAGGUCUCAUGUACUGCGACGCCGUCCUCAACGCCAAGAUCCGAGAGCUUCACCGAGUCCGAGCCGCCGAAGAGGAAGACGAUGAGUAA